GCGCCAUGAACCUGCACCAGGUGCUGACGGGCGCGGCCAACCCCGGCGAGCACUGCUUCUCCGUGGGCAGCGUGGGCGAGCGGCGCUUCACGGCUUAUGCAUCUGGAUGUGACAUUGUAAUACUAGGAAGUGAUUUUGAAAGAUUACAAAUAAUCCCAGGAGCUAAGCACGGAAAUAUUCAAGUGGGAUGUGUAGACUGUUCGAUGCUACAAGGAAAGAUUGCAGCAUCCUAUGGAAAUGUUAUCUCUGUUUUUGAACCAGUUAAAGUACCGAAGCAAAAGAAAAAUUUGGAAUUUUAUAGUCAGUGGCAGAAAAGUGGCCAAUUUUUUCUAGAUUCAAAAGCACACAAUAUAACUUGGGAUCCUUCAGGCAACCGUCUAUUAACUAGCUCUAGCUGUUUACAACUCUGGACGAAUGCAAACUUGGAAAAGCCACCUGAAGAAGAAAAUCAAGAUAAAACUGAUCUUAAUUUUGGGGAUUGGAGAUGCAUUUGGCAUUGCAAAACUGCUUCUCAAGUUUAUUUAAUGAAAUUUUCACCAGAUGGAGAAUUUUUUGCCACUGCUGGGAAGGAUGAUUGUCUUUUAAAGGUAUGGUAUAAUGUAGAAAACUGGCGGACAGCUGUUACUUCUCCAGAUAGAAGGUCAGAAAUACAAUCCCAAGGAGAAAUUGACUUUUCUUUUGUAUAUUUGGCCCAUCCUCGAGCUGUAAAUGGAUUUUCCUGGCGUAAAACCAGCAAAUACAUGCCAAGGGCAUCUGUAUGUAAUGUAUUGUUGACUUGCUGCAAAGAUAAUGUAUGUCGUCUUUGGGUAGAGACAUUUUUACCAAAUGACUGUCUGCUCUAUGGAGGCGACUACAACCAUUGGUCUGAACCAGUGAACUUCACAAAUAACUUCAAGAGAAAUGCUUCUAGUAAAGAAAGAAUUCAAAAUGCUCUAGAUAUCAAUUUGAGGCAUUUUCGUAGAGGUCGGAGAAGAUCACAUGCAUUGGUAGCACAUACUGGGUAUCUGCCACAUCAGCAGAAUCCUCAUCAUGUUCACAGAAACACUCCACUGCAUGCCAAUGCCCUUUGCCACUUUCAUAUUGCUGCCAGCAUUAACCCAGCCACAGAUAUCCCACUUCUACCUUCUAUUACAUCUCUAAGUCUAAGUGAGAAUGAAGAGAAGAACGGACCUUUUGUGGUACACUGGCUAAACAACAAAGAGUUACAUUUCACUUUGUCCAUGGAAGUCUUUUUACAGCAAAUAAGAAGUUUUGAGCAACCAUCUUCUGAGACCAGUGUAGAAGACUCUAAUCAGGCAGAUGUAAAAUCUGAUGAAGAAAUGGAUGAUGAUGAGGAUGUUGGUCUGAAAAUAAAUUUUGAAAAGAAGGAAUUAGGCAAGGAUAAAAUGGUAUCAAACACAAGUUUUGUAUCAUUACCAUCAGCUGCCAUUGAUCAUCAAAUUGAAGUGCUUCUGUCUGAGUGGAGUAAGAAUGCAGACAUGUUAUUCAGUAUUCAUCCUAUGGAUGGUUCUUUGCUGGUUUGGCACGUGGAUUGGCUGGAUGAAUACCAGCCUGGAAUGUUUCGCCAAGUACAGGUUUCCUUCGUUUCCAGAAUUCCUGUAGCUUUCCCGACUGGCGAUGCAAAUUCUCUCUGUAAAAGCAUAGUGAUGUACGCCUGCACUAAAAAUGUUGACUUGGCUAUUCAGCAAGGAAAACAAAAACCCUCUGUCCUCACACGUUCCACAUCAAUGCUUUUCUCUUCUGGUCAUAGCAAAUCAACUAAUAACUUAAAAUUAAGCAUUUUUACCCCUAAUGUCAUGAUGAUUUCAAAACAUGCAGAUGGCUCUUUGAAUCAGUGGCUGGUCAGUUUUGCUGAGGAAUCUGCUUUUUCUACAGUUCUCAGUAUUUCUCAUAAAUCUAGAUACUGUGGUCAUCGUUUUCAUCUUAACAAUUUAGCUUGCCAUUCAGUAUUACCAUUAUUACUUACUACAUCACACCAUAAUGCACUGAGGACUCCAGAUGUUGACCAAAACCAACCAUAUGAUGCUGCAAAUGCUGAAGACUGUUCCUUGGCUCCACAAAAGAAAAGCACUCUUGAUGUGCCAUUUCAGGAUCCCAGUGCAGUUUAUAGUGAACUUAUUCUUUGGAGGGUUGAUCCUGUUGGGCCAUUGUCUUUUUCUGGAGGUGUUUCUGAGCUUGCCCGGAUCAAUUCUCUUCAUGUUUCUGCAUUUUCUAAUGUUGCAUGGCUGCCCACACUUAUACCCAGUUACUGUCUAGGUGCAUACUGCAACUCUCCUAGUGCAUGCUUUGUAGCAAGUGAUGGACAAUAUCUGAGAUUGUAUGAAGCAGUUAUUGAUGCCAAGAAACUUCUAUAUGAACUUUCCAAUCAUGAAAUCUCUAAAUAUGUUGGUGAAGUGUUUAAUAUCGUAAGUCAACAGUCAACAGCAAGGCCAGGAUGCAUUAUUGCUUUGGAUCCCAUUACCAAACUUCAAGGCAGAAAAACCCAAUUGCUUCAUGUUUUUCAAGAAGAUUUUAUUUUGAGUACUCAUGAGAAGAAAAGUCUGGGAAAAGAUACAAAAUCUGAUGCAGGCAAAUCUUGUAAUGGAUUUUCUGAAAAAUUCUACUUAAUUGUAAUAGAAUAUACUCAAGAGAACCGUUCACUGUUGCACAUGUGGAAUUUACAUUUAAAAUCUGUUCCUGUCUUAUUGGAUGAAAAAGUAGAUGUAAAAGUAUCUGAAACCAUUUGGCAGUCUGAAGAAGAUGAUUAUUCUUCUCCAGAGAAGAUUGUGUCUCCUUUUUCACAGAAAUAUCAGGCUUGCAGAGCAAAUCUCCAGAGUACCAGCAAGUUGACUCUGUCUUCAGAAAUAGUUUAUAGUCAAGAAUUGCAAUUGCCAGAAGGAGUGGAGAUAAUAAGUGUUAAACCCUCAGCAGGACAUUUGAGUUCUUCUUCCAUAUAUCCUAUAUGCAGUGCUCCAUAUUUGUUGGCAACUUCAUGUUCAGAUGAGAAAGUAAGAUUUUGGAGAUGCAGAGUAAUGGAUGGAGAGUCCACCACAUCCAAGAAUGGAGAAUUGGAGCUUGUGUAUAUUUGGGAAGAAUGGCCACUACUUAUUGAAGAUGGACUUCACAGCAAUAGUAGUAUAACUAUACCUGGUAGGCCUAUUGAAGUUAGCUGUGCACACACAAACCGCCUAGCAGUAGCAUACAAGCAACCCACAUCUAAUAGUAGAUAUUCUCAGGACUUUGUGAUGCAUGUGAGUAUUUUUGAAUGUGAAUCUACAGGAGGUUCUUGUUGGGUCCUUGAACAGACAAUUCAUUUAGAUGAGUUAAAUACAGUGUUGGAUUCUGACAUUAGUAUCGAUAGCAAUUUAAUUGCCUAUAAUAAACAAGAGGUAUAUUUAUCCAGUAAAGAAAGUGUCACAUCAAACACAAAGCACUUAGUACAUUUAGACUGGAUGUCUAGAGAGGAUGGUUCUCAUAUCUUGACUAUAGGAAUCGGAUCAAAACUCUUUAUGUAUGGACCCUUGUCUGGCAAGAUACAAGAACAGACUGGUAAGGAAAGCCUUAUUUUUCCUCUCUGGGAGAAUACUAGAGUUGUACCUCUUUCUAAGUUUGUGCUUUUACGAAGUGUAGACUUGGUCUCUUCUGUAGAAGGCUCUCCACCUUUUCCUGUUUCUUUAUCCUGGGUCCGGGAUGGCAUCCUUGUUGUAGGAAUGGAUUGUGAAAUGCAUGUAUAUUCCCAGUGGCAGCCAUCUUGCAAACAAGAACCUAUUAUAACAGAUUCAUAUAAUGGGAGUACUCCAUCUUUAGUAAGUUUAGUGAAACACAAUAACUUAUCAAGUUCUGGAUUACAUCCUCCAAAGAAAACUCUAACUCGAUCUAUGACCAGUCUUGCACAGAAAAUAUGUGGAAAGAAAACGGCAUUUGUUCCUGUGGAUAUGGAAGAUUCAGGUCUUUUUGAAGCAGCUCAUGCUCUGUCCCCAACUUUACCUCAGUACCAUCCUUUACAGCUUUUGGAACUCAUGGAUCUUGGCAAAGUUCGGAGAGCAAAAGCCAUCUUGUCACAUCUUGUUAAGUGCAUUGCUGGAGAAAUUGUGGCUCUUAAUGAAACUGAGUCUAAUCAUGAGCGCCGUCUCAGGUCUCUCACUAUCAGUGCAAGUGGCAGCACUACCAGAGACCCACAGGCAUUCAACAAGAGUGAGAAUACUGAUUACACAGAAAUAGAUUCUGUCCCUCCACUUCCUUUAUAUGCUUUACUUGCAGCAGAUGAUGAUAGCUGUCACUCAUCUUUGGAGAAAUCUAGCAAUCAGAGUACCAGAAAUAACUCAAACCAAUUGUCAAAAGAAAGUUAUGAUGCCCUUUUUCAGGUUUCAUCUUUAACUACUGAUAGUUAUGUGUUAGAAACAGAUGAAGAAAAUGCAAAGCCCAAGGUUAUUGACCUUUCACAGUGCAGUCCAACUUACUUUGGUCCUGAACAUGCUCAGGUUCUUUCUGGACACUUGCUUCAUUCUAGUUUACCAGGGCUCAGUCGGAUGGAACAGAUGUCUCUGAUGGCCUUAGCAGAUACAAUUGCAACUACGAGCACCGAUAUUGGAGAAAGCAGAGACAGAAGCCAAGGUGGAGAAACACUUGAUGAAUGUGGAUUAAAAUUUCUUUUGGCUGUUCGACUUCAUACAUUUCUUACCACAUCCCUUCCAGCGUAUCGAAUUCAACUCCUUCAUCAAGGCCUGUCUACAAGCCACUUUGCCUGGGCAUUUCACUCAGUAGCAGAAGAAGAACUACUGAACAUGUUGCCAGCAAUGCAGAAAGAUGACCCCACUUGGUCUGAACUCAGAGCUAUGGGUGUGGGAUGGUGGGUUCGGAGUAACCGUAUCUUACGCAAAUGCAUAGAAAAAGUAGCCAAAGCCGCCUUUUAUAGAAAGAAUGAUCCUUUAGAUGCAGCCAUUUUUUACCUUGCAAUGAGAAAGAAAGGUAUCAUUUGGGGAUUAUAUAGAUCCCAAAAAGAUACAAAGAUGACACAGUUUUUUGGACAUAAUUUUGAGGAUGAGCGGUGGCGGAAAGCAGCUUUAAAGAAUGCUUUUUCUUUGUUAGGGAAACAAAGAUUUGAACAUUCUGCAGCCUUUUUUCUUUUAGCUGGUUGCCUCCAAGAUGCAAUUGAGGUCUGUCUCGAGAAACUGAAUGAUAUCCAGUUGGCUCUUAUAAUAGCAAGACUUUAUGAGUCUGAAUUUGAUGCAUCUACAACAUAUAAAUCUAUUUUAUAUAAAAAAAUUUUGGGAGUUGAUUCUCCUGUCAGUGAACUGAAGUCAUUGAACAUAAGUAUGAAUUCUGAUCCUUUCCUUCGGAGCAUGGCAUAUUGGAUUCUAGAAGAUUACGGUAAUGCUCUGGGAACACUGGUAAAGCAACCUGCUUCAGAGGAUGACGAUCAAGUCAAGAUGUCAACUUGUAACCCUGCAGUUUUUAAUUUCUAUAAUUAUCUAAGAACACAUCCUCUUUUGCUGAGACGUCAUUUUGGAUCAGUGGAUGCAUUUUCCAGACACAUGAGUUUAACAGAAAAAAGUGGACUAGCAGAGACAAUUAGUUUAAGUGAAAGAAGAUUAUUUUUUACUACUGCCAGUGCUCAUUUAAAAGCUGGUUGCCCUAUGUUGGCUUUGGAAGUAUUAUCAAAGUUGCCAAAAGUCAUCAGAAAAACAAAAGGUUUUUGUAGAGCAUCGAGUUUUCUGAAUACUAGUAAAAAUUGUUCACCUUCACUAAAAUUGGAUACAAAGGAAGAUAAAUCUUCUGCUCUAGAUUGGUCACAGUCACUGAUCAAUGGUUUUGGAUCUUCUUCAGAGGGCUCCUCAGAGAAACAAUCAAAUUCCACUCUUUCUUUUGACUGGAGUCAACCAAGUGUUGUAUUUCAGGAUGACUCUUUAGAAUUAAAAUGGGACACUGAUAAUGAGGAAGAAAAUGAAGAUCUCUCUAUUUCAAGGAAAGAAUUGAAAUCUUCACAGAGCGGCCUCAGUAAAAUAGAUGAAACAAGUUCUAAUUGCACAGUCUCUCUAGAUGAAAAUGAUAUUAUAAAUCCAUCAGAAGAUAUCAUUGCAGUUCAGUUAAAGUUUAGAGCAUGUUUAAAAAUUCUCACAGUGGAACUUCGUACUUUAUCCACUGGCUAUGAAAUUGAUGGUGGAAAAUUGCGUUAUCAACUAUACCAUUGGCUUGAAAAAGAAGUGAUAGCUCUUCAGAGAACUUGUGACUGUUGUUCAGAUGCUGAAGAAUUAAAGUCCACUAUUAGAGAAGAUGAAGAGAAAUUUGGAUUAAGUGAAAAUACUGAUGACUUGCCUCACCAAACAAAAAUGAAGCAACAGAGAGAAAUCUUUGAGGAAAAAAGACAGUGGCUUUUGAAAUAUCAGUCACUCUUACGAAUGUUUCUUAGUUACUGUAUACUUCAUGGAUCCCAUGGUGGGGGACUUGCAUCUGUGAGAAUGGAAUUAAUUUUACUUUUGCAAGAAUCUCAGCAGGAAACGUCAGAACCCAUAUUUCCUAACCCUCUGUCUGAGCAGACCUCAGUCCCUCUCCUUUUUGCUUGUACAGCCAGUGCCAAAACAGUGGUUGCCAAUCCAUUAUUGCACCUUAGUAAUCUAACUCAUGAUAUUCUGCAUGCCAUAAUAAACUUUGAUUCACCACCCUAUCCCGAUAACCAAAACAACAAAGUAUAUGUCAUGCAUACUUUAGCAGCCUCACUUUCUGCUUGUAUUUAUCAGUGCCUUUGUGGUAGUCAUAAUUACAGUUCAUUUCAAACAAAUCCCUUUACUGGAAUGGUGUAUCAAACAGUUCUUCUUCCCCAUCGUCACUCUUUGAAGACAGGAAGCUUAGAUGAAGCUAUAACUCCGAAUACAUCACCAUCUCAAUGGCCAGGGAUUACUUCUCUAAUGCGACUUUUGAAUUCUUCUGGUGAGGAAGCCCAGUCAGGACUAACAACCCUGCUCUGUGAGAUUCUCACAGCAGUGUACCUGAGUCUCUUCAUUCAUGGCUUGGCAACACAUUCCAGUAAUGAGCUGUUUCGGAUUGUGGCCCAUCCUCUAAAUGACAAAAUGUGGUCUGCUGUAUUUGGUGGAGGUGCACAUGUUUCCAGCAAAGAACAGACACACUCAAAAUCUUUACAUGUUUCUUCACUAGUGGAAGAAGAGAAACAGAACAAACGUUUCAGGUCAUCAAAAAUGUCUUGCAGAGAAUCUGCUCCACAGACCUCUUCCUUACCAUUGGUAAACCAGGAAUCACUUCCAGUCAAAGAGAAAUUCAUCCCACCUGAGCUGAGUAUCUGGGAUUAUUUCAUAGCCAAGCCUUUUCUACCCCCAUCACAAAGUAGAGCAGAAUAUGAUUCAGAGGAGAGUCUGGAAAGUGAUGAGGAGGAGGAGGAGGAGGAUGUUUUAACUUCAGAUUUUCAUCUCCAAGAACAUUCUAACUCAAAUUCAUAUAGUUGGUCAUUGAUGCGAUUGGCAAUGGUGCAGUUGGUGCUCAGUAAUUUGAAGACUUUCUAUCCCUUUGCAGGUCAUGACCUUGCAGAGCUUCCAGUCAGUUCACCACUUUGUCAUGCAGUUCUAAAAACUCUUCAGUGUUGGGAACAAGUUCUUCUUAGGCGUCUUGAAAUCCAUGGUGGGCCACCUCAAAACUAUAUUUCAAGUCAUACCUCUGAAGAAAGUGUGUCUGCAGGUCCUGCUAUUCUUCGCCAUAAAGCUUUGCUAGAACCUACAAACACUCCUUUCAAAUCCAAACACUAUUUGGCACUGUCUGUGAAGAGACUUUGGCAGUAUUUGGUAAAGCAGGAAGAAGUUCAGGAAACAUUUAUCAGAAAUAUAUUCACAAAGAAAAGAUGUUUAAAUGAGUCUUUAGAGGACCACUGUGAAACCAUCAAAUAUUCUCUGAUGGAGGAGCCAAACAUCAAAAAGAUAGAAGCAGAUUUGGGAUAUCCUGGAGGUAAAGCAAGAAUUAUUCAUAAAGAAUCUGAUAUCAUUACUGCCUUUGCUGUUAAUAAAGCAAAUAGAAACUGCAUAGCAAUUGCAUCUAGCCACGACGUUCAAGAACUGGAUGUUUCUGGAAUUUUGGCUACACAGAUCUAUACAUGGGUAGAUGAUGACACAGAAAUAGAAGCCAAAGGGUCAGAAGAUUUCUUGGUCAUCCAUGCUCGAGAUGAUUUGACAGCUGUGCAAGGCACCACCCCCUAUACACAUAGCAAUCCUGGCACUCCAAUCAAUAUGCCAUGGCUUGGUAGUACACAGACUGGCAGAGGAGCGUCUGUGAUGAUUAAGAAACCUAUUAAUAAUGUCAGAAGAAUGACUUCUCAUCCAACACUUCCUUACUAUCUGACUGGAGCUCAAGAUGGAAGUGUCAGAAUGUUUGAAUGGGGCCAUUCUCAACAAAUAACGUGUUUUCGAUCUGGUGGCAAUUCAAGAGUUACAAGAAUGAGAUUUAGCUAUCAGGGAAAUAAGUUUGGAAUAGUUGAUGCCGAUGGAUAUUUAAGCUUGUAUCAGACAAACUGGAAAUGCUGUCCUAUUGCCGGAAGCAUACCUAAACCAUACCUGACUUGGCAAUGUCAUAACAAAACAGCCAAUGAUUUUGUCUUCGUUAGUUCUUCUUCUUUGAUAGCUACUGCUGGUCUUUCAACUGAUAAUAGAAAUGUAUGUUUGUGGGAUACUCUGGUAGCACCUGCCAAUAGUUUAGUUCAUGCUUUUACUUGCCACGAUAGUGGAGCUACUGUUUUAGCAUAUGCUCCAAAACAUCAGCUACUAAUAUCUGGUGGCCGAAAAGGCUUUACCUGCAUAUUUGACCUUCAGCAACGACAACAGAGGCAACUUUUUCAGAGCCAUGAUUCUCCUGUUAAAGCCGUUGCUAUUGAUCCAACAGAACAGUACUUUGUUACAGGAUCCGCAGAAGGCAGCAUAAAGAUUUGGAGCUUCUCUACCUUCACUCUUCUCCACACUUUUAUCAAUGAACAUGCUCGGCAGUCCAUUUUCAGGAAUAUUGGAACUGGAGUGAUGCAAGUGGAGACAGGACCAGCAAAUCACAUUUUUUCAUGUGGCGCUGAUGGAACAAUGAAAAUGAGAAUACUGCCAGAUCAGUUUAGCCCAUUAAAUGAAGUCUUGAAAAAUGAUGUGAAAUUUAUACUAUAGCAUCCUGACAAUAAGAUACAUAAUUGGUUAUCGACUACACGCGCAGUGUUCACUCUUCAUGCCAAAAAGAAGCUAAUAGAAGCUUCUUGUUUUCAUAUUUGUUUUAUGGAGUUUUGCCCUUGAUGCACUGAUGCCUUAAAAAUGAACAAGGUCAAUCAGAAUUAUACUAUAUUGUGUAAAGUAGAAUGCAUAAAUAAUGCUGUAUUAAUACAUAUUUAUGUAUGCUAUAGUAUUUAAGAGUUUUAUUUUCUUAUCACUGAUAAAUUCUGCAGAAUAUCUCUGCAGUAAUUUCUGUCAAUGUAAAAGUACUUUUUAUGGCUGGGGGGUAGAAAGGGAGCAGGGGAAAAAAAGUACUUUUUAUGAAAAGGCAUUUGUACAUCAGUCAUCACUUAAUUCACCACACUUCCUUUAUCAAAUUGGUCCAUUGUAAACUCUUAAUGAUAUAGUGAUAUUUGCUAAGAAUCAAAAAGUAGCAUUUGCAUAAACUCUGUCAUUAGGACUUUAAUUGUAAAUGAGCUAUCUGGUUCAUUAAUUUUCCAUCUGGAGCCCAAGUUGUGUAUAUGUAUACAUGUUAGUUGUAUGUAUAUAUGUAAUAUAACUUACACAUCUUACUUAAAUGUAGUUUGUGUGUAUAUAAGAGAAAAUUAAAAAGUUUUUUAGUGUGAAUUUUGUGCCAUAAUGACUACCACCACCAGAAUAGCAUCUUUUUUUUUUUUUUUUUUGCCAUUGUUUUUUCCAUGUUUUUUAAAUAAGUCACAGGAAGAUUUCUAAAAUUUUUAUUUUGAGUCAAAAGUGUUCUAACAGGCAGUAAUAAUUUUGAGUUAACAGAUAUGAAACACUUAAAGAUUAUUUUUAAGUUCAUAACUUUGUAGAGGGAAGUUAGCACCAAAUUAAACAUUUUAUAUUUUGUUUUCUUUUCUUAUUUCCUGUUUUAUAGGUGCUUUUAGUCUCAAAGAUCUGAAAACUUUAUAGCAGUGUUUUUAGGGGAAAAUGUGAAAGCAAAGUAAAUAGAUAGUAUUUACAAAUGUAAAAUACCUGCCAAGAUCCACCUUUCGUAGAAAAUAAGCUAAACUAAUUUUAUUAUUUUUGCCAAAAUACAUUAUUUUAUUAUAGAAUAUGACCAAAAUCAAAAUCACAAAAUGCUUUUCACUUAAAUAGUCUAACUCUAUUUCUGUCUGUGUUGUGCUAUACCUUUUGUGAUUUGGAAUUAUUAAAAAUAUUUGAUAAAUACUUGAUUUUAACCAAUGAAGAUGAAGGCUGAUGAAGCUAAAGUAUUUAGUGGACUACUAUAUUACUAUUUAGCUUACAUAUAUUUUGUUAAUAGGAGCAUUUUUACAUAACAAAAUAUGAACAUCUAUGUUAGAAAUUAAUGAGUCAAAGCAAAGAAAUGAAGGGCUGGUAAAAUGAAUUUUGUAAUAUCCUCAGGAUACUUCUAUCUUAAAAGUAUAUUAUUAAAGAUUUUGUAAUCAU